AUGGCCAUGAGGUUAGGUUCUACGAAUCUGCGUCGGAAUAAAUGUGAUCACCGUGGGAAAAUUCGUUGGAAAAACCUAUAUAAAGCAUGGAGAUCAUCGGCUGAAUCACUCUACUUCCACCCAAGUAACACUAAACUCAAUCCGUCCAUGACCGAUUACAACACUCCUGUUUCUUCCAUCAAUAAAACCUAAUCCCCUCAGUUAAUAAAAAAUGAUUACUCAUUGAUCGAACGAACUGCUAUUGAAAAAUAAUUAAAUUAUCAGUAAUAAAGUGUAAUAAUAAUGGAGAACAAGAGUCAGAACGUUGGUUUUGACAGUUUUCAAGGCACGACAGAUAGGAAGAGCGGAGAUUUAGAAUAUUGGAUGACACGACUUCCGGAACCUUUGAAAAGUCUAUCCAUAAUUUACUUGGCCAUACCCGGAUCCCAUAACACGAUGACGUACACGAUAAAUCGUCGCAACGACGUGGGACCUGACGAGCCCAGAUAUGUAAAAGCUCUAGGCCGCUACGUAUCAUUUUUAUCGAAACCAGUAAUCUAUAAUUGGUCCAUUACGCAACAAAAACACGUCAAGGAUCAACUGGACGGCGGUAUACGAUACCUAGACUUGAGAGUGGCUACGAAACCGACGGACAAAAGGAUUUACUUUGUUCACGGAUUAUACGGAUCCAGGAUCUACGAGCCACUCCAAGAGAUAGCCCAGUGGCUGUCGAGUCACAAUAAGGAAAUCGUGAUCUUGGAUUUCCAGCAUUUUUAUUUAUUCACCGAGGAAGACCACCGCCAUUUGAUCGAUACUAUUUUUCGUACAUUUCGUACUAAAUUAUGCCCGGUCAUGUCCACCUUCAAUUUUUUAACGUUGAAUCGAUUGAACGCCGAGGAUCACCAAGUUAUUUUAAUCUAUAGGAAUAUUUAUGCACAGAAUUAUUCGACUCUGUGGCCGAGCGGGCUGUGGCGAACGCCAUGGCCGAACACUGUUAACGUUAACCAACUGAUUAAUUUCUUGGACACGGAAUUGAAAGCUAGGUCAGUGAAAAUUGGUUUAGUCUCGCAGUGUUUGCUAACGCCAGACGUUUCGUACGUUCUGAAACACUUGUGCGGUACGCUUCAAAGGGAUUUAGUGCAAUCUUGUCAGAAGGCUAUCAUUUCUUGGAUAAAUGGGAAGAAACCUGGCGAGGGUGGCUUCAACAUCGUUAUAGCCGAUUUCGUAGAUGAUAAUAAUUUUCUAUUUUCGAAAACGGUGAUUGAUAGUAACAGAAAAUUGUUUAAUCAAUACCAUGCGUAAUGCAAAUCGAUAAAAUUAUUUAAUUUUGAGUAAAAUUGUGAAGCUUCUCUAAAAUAAAAAAGAUUGUAUUGCAGUAUUAAAAUUCGUGGUGAGAAUUAAGAAUUCUAUGAUCAUGGCUCAAAUCCGCACUGGAAAAAAUCGUUAAUAAUUGUAACACAUGACCUGGAAGAUUGGAGGAUAAAUCUUAUUAAUAAAUCAUUUUCUUAUUGAAAA